CUCAUUACCUUUUUGGGGGUGAUUAAAUUGUUGGAAAUCCGUUCAUGGCGUGAUAACUAUUCCCAGCUAGUAAGUUGGCGUGUCGCCGUAGGUGACAGCGACGGUCAUCUUGACCCCAAUCUAUGGAUUAGUGUGUCUACGUCCCAACAGCGGGAGCACAGCUCCUCUCGAAGCGCCCAUUAAGUUAGGGCGAUCAACACAGGAGGGGUUGAUGGAUUCAUUGGACAGCAAUGAUCCAAAAUGAGCAGGGAUGCUAAUUAGUGGCAGUGGAUGUGAUGGGCAAGCAGCCAGUCGCACUGGGCCAAUGCGGAGGCGCGAGUAAGCGCCGGACCCCGCGAGCAGGUCUGCGCUCGCCGCCAAUCUGCGGCCAUCACAGCGCAUCACAUCCACGGCUUGCCCGUAGCUCCAUGCCACUAGCCGCCAAUGAACGUGCAUCCUGGCAGCGGCAGGAGUUGCUGCACUGGCCGUCACAAUCACCGUCACACCUCCCUCAGAGACAACCCGCUUUCGCUGCUUCUGAGAGGCCCUCGAAGCGCCCGGGCUACUGCUCCUCACUGAGCUCGUUGGAUCUUCCUCACCCCAUCCAAGAGGCAGGCAUGUCUGCCAAUCCGGGACGAAACGGUAUCUCCCCUCCUCGGUCGUCUGCUUUAUCAAUCCAGCAUGGCACCGAUCCUGCCGUUUAACCGACGAUCUAUCUGGGUUGGGACCGGUUCACCUUCACAUUUCUACCCUCGCUUUCCCCAUCGUGUCAUUCCCGGUUGUGCUCCCUCUCUGUCCCUUGCUGCGCGGUGCUCUCGGCGC